AUGGACACCAUACCCAAAGACAGGAUCCUAGAAUUUAAGCAAGAUGCUUUGACGGUAAUCCGCAAACAGUACAAUCUGGAUAAACCCGGACAAAUGAAGGAGGCCAUCAGUAUCCUACAUGACUGGGUACAACAACAAGAACAUUUCAAAAAGAAGGAUUUUACACCAUAUUAUUACGAAACCAGUAUUAUAACGUGUAAAGGAUCCAUGGAACGAGCAAAAUCCCAGAUCGAUAGGAUCUGCACGAUGAGGACGUUAUUACCGCAGUUCUUUGGAGAUUACAACAUUAAAGUCGAUUUCGAAUCCUUGAACGAAGUUGCCUACCUAUUCCCGCUUCCGAAAUUAACAGAUGAUUACUAUAGGGUAGCUAUAAGCAAGCUUUUUGAUAUUAGCACAAUUAAAAAUUCACAAGUCAUGGACUACUAUAGAAGGAAUAUUAUUCUAGCCGAAUAUCUCAAGAUACACGACUAUGCGGCCGGAAUGAUUUUUAUUCUAGAUUAUUCUGAAACAAAUAUUACGGAUCUUGUGUCAAAAGUGAAUCUUGUUGAAUUGAAACAAGCCCUGUCGAUUUUCAUUCAAGGUUAUGGAAUGAGAAUCAAAGCUAUUUAUAUUAUAAGUGCAUCAAAGUUCGUCAACAGUCUCAUGGCGAUUUUAAAACAAGUUCUUAGUGCAAAGAUCGCGGUUAGAAUAAAUAUUCUCAACAAUGUCGAAGAAAUCCAUGAUUACAUUCCGAAUGAAAUAUUACCGAAAGAUUAUGGUGGAGAAGAACGCUGUUUAAAUGAUUUACAAAAUGAAUGGUUGGACGUUCUAUCGUCAGAGGAACACUUGAAGUAUAUACGAGAAAUGAAUAACGCGGGUACAGACGAAACUUUCAGACGAAGAGACAGUUUCAAUGAGCACUACGCCGGAAUGCCUGGUACUUUUAGAGCGCUUAGUGUUGAUUAG